GCGUACCAUCCGCAGCCAUGGCCAGCUCAGUAAGCCCCAGCACCAUCGCUGGGACCCCAGAGCCACCUACGAUGUCAAAGAGCAUCCAAAACCCUGCUGACAUAUCUGUCAUUGUCAUCUAUUUUAUAUUGGUGAUGGCUGUCGGUGUGUGGUCGAUGCUAAGGACCAACAGGGGCACUGUCGGAGGCUUCUUCCUGGCUGGUCGAGAUGUGUCCUGGUGGGCGAUGGGAUCCUCUCUCUUUGCCAGUAACAUCGGCAGUGGCCACUUCGUAGGGCUGGCUGGGACAGGAGCUGCUACAGGAAUUGCCACCGUAGUGUAUGAAUGGAGUUCCUCACUCCUGCUGCCAGUUCUAGGAUGGCUCUUCGUCCCCAUCUACAUCAGGGCAGGGGUGAUGACCAUGCCGGAAUAUCUCAAGAAGCGGUUUGGAGGGAAGCGACUCCAGAUCUACUUCUCCAUCCUCUCUCUAAUCAUCAACGUGGCUUUGAAUAUCUCAUCAAACAUAUUUUCUGGAGCCAUAUUCAUCAAAGUGGCCUUGGGUUUGGACAUGUACCUGGCGAUCUUCAUCCUCUUGGCUAUCACUGCUAUUUACACAGUCACUGGAGGGUUGGCCUCUGUGAUUUACACAGACACGUUGCAGACCGUCAUCAUGCUGAUCGGCUCUUUUAUUCUUAUGGGGUUUGCAUUUGCCGAAGUCGGAGGCUACGAGAGUUUUCAAGAGAAGUACAUGAAUGCCAUCCCAUCCAUAGUCACAGGGGACAACCUGACGAUCGAUGCCAAGUGCUACACUCCUCAGGAGGACUCCUUCCACAUUUUCCGAGAUCCUAUCACUGGGGAUAUUCCAUGGCCAGGAGUGGUGUUUGGAUUAAAUCUUGUAGGUGUGUGGUACUGGUGCACAGAUCAGGUCAUCGUGCAGCGCUGCCUGUGUGGCAAGGACAUGUCUCACGUGAAGGCCGCCUGUGUCCUGUGUGGGUACCUGAAGCUUCUGCCCCUGUUUCUCAUGGUGAUGCCGGGGAUGAUCAGCCGCAUUCUGUACACAGAUAGAGUGGCCUGCAUUGUCCCGUCUGAGUGUGUGAGACAAUGUGGCACUGACAUCGGCUGCAGCAACUAUGCCUACCCAACGAUGGUGGUGGAACUGAUGCCUGACGGACUGCGAGGCCUGAUGCUGUCGGUAAUGUUGGCCUCCCUCAUGAGCUCCCUGACCUCCAUCUUCAACAGCGCCAGCACCCUCUUCACCAUGGACCUCUACACCAAGAUACGAAAGAAGGCAUCAGAGAGAGAGCUCCUGAUAGCUGGACGGUUAUUUGUCAUUCUAUUAAUUGUCACCAGCAUCCUGUGGGUCCCAUUUGUAGAGAUAGCCCAAAAUGGACAACUAAUCCAUUACACAGAAUCGAUUUCUAGCUACCUUGGGCCUCCAGUCGCAUCUGUCUUCCUGCUCGCCAUCUUCUGCAAAAGGGUCAAUGAACAGGGAGCAUUCUGGGGCCUAGUCAUUGGGCUCGUGAUGGGCCUUAUUCGUAUAAUUGUGGAGUUUUCCUAUGGAACAGGAAGUUGUUUGUUUCCCAGUAACUGUCCCAAAUUCAUCUGUGGAGUGCAUUAUUUAUACUUCGCCCUCAUUCUCUUUUUCGUGACCUCAGUUGUCACCCUGGGAAUUUCCUUCUUAACGAAACCCAUUCCUGAUGAACAUCUGCACCGCCUGUGCUGGGCUCUCCGGGACAGUACCGAGGAACGGAUUGAUUUAGACGCGGAAGACGAAAGGCAGGAAGAAGUCGAUGAUGCCAAAGAAGUCGACUGCGAUCAUCCUGAGCACUCUCGCGGAUGUCUCAAGAAGAGUUAUGAUUUAUUCUGUGGUUUGCAAAAGACAGGGCCCAAACUGACCAAAGAGGAGGAGGAAGCCCUAAGAAAGAAGAUGACGGACACCUCAGAGAAGCCCUUGUGGAGGAAUGUAGUGAACAUCAAUGCCAUCAUCCUCUUGGCUGUGGUGGUCUUUGUUUAUGGUUAUUUUGCCUGAACUCUAUCUAAACCACUGCAAUAUAUUUGAAGCCAAGGAUAAUUUUAUUGAUUUUAAUUUUACAGUUCUCUGGGUUGCAAAAGGGAGACGAGCAGCUGGUAAUUUUAUCUAAUGAGAUGUCAAUAGACUCGAAAGCUUCGCUUUUGCCAUCCCUUUGUAUCAAUAAACAAAAAAGUUAAUUUA